AACUGCACCAGACCAUCCACACUGGAGAGAAAACCUUACAAGUGUUCACACUGUGACAAGAGAUUCAGUCGGUCAACACGUCUGAAAACACACGAGAUGAUCCACACUGGAGAGAAACCGUACAUGUGUUUACACUGUAACAAGAGAUUCAGUCUGUCAUCAAAUCUGAAAACACAUGAGAGGAUCCACACUGGAGAGAAACCUUACAAGUGUUCACACUGUGAAAAGACAUUCAGUGAUUCAUCAAGUCUGAAAACAUAUGAGAGGAUCCACACUGGAGAGAAACCUCACAAGUGUUCACACUGUGAGAAAGAGAUUCAGUCUGUCAGGAAACCUGAAAAACACACGAGAGGAUCCACACUGGAGAGAAACCUCACAAGUGUUCACACUGUGAGAAGAGAUUCAGUCAGUCAGGAAAUCUGAAAACACACACGAGAGGAUCCACACUGGAGAGAAACCACACAAGUGUUCACACUGUGACAAGAGAUUCAGACUGUCAGGACACCUGAAAACACACGAGAGGAUUCACACUGGAGA